AGUGUGGGUUUAGUUUUGGAGGGUGAUGCUAGCGGCGGAAGACCCGUCCUCGGAACGGCAUGUACUGGCCUCCACACCACGGAGGAGAGGUAUGGAUUGCAAGGCCAAGUCCAGCGCUGCCGCCAAGAAACUCAUUCAAGCUCGCCUUCCCUUCAAACGUCUCAACCCAGAACCCAAGGAAAAUGGGGCGCCCAAAAGGGUGAGAGGCCCCCCAACUGCACCCCCAAACCUGGACCCCAGCAGCUCUGACGGAGAGAACGAACUGGACCCCGCCCCCCCCGCUCUCCCGCCCAAUAGGGCCACCCUGGUGAACGGGCGGGGGCCCCUGGACGGUUUCGUUAAGCAGGAGGCCCGCCCCCGCCGCUCGGCCCCCCCAGCCCCGAGCGCGACCAUCGACCUCACCGAGGACUCCAAUUCGGCCGAGCCCGCUGGCGCCUCCCUCCCGGCCCCGACUCGGGACAGUCAGACGGGCCCGGCCGCUGACGCGGAGCCUGCUGUCGAAGCUGCCGCCGACGCCGUCUCCUUGGAAACGGAGGACGGGGCUGAGGCCCGCGCAGACAACGAGGACGCCGAUGCUCCCGGCUCGCCGUCGGUCUCCGCGGAGACGCCCCCGCCAGACCCGCCGCGGGAAGACGCGGAGGAGAACGAGACGGACGUUUCCACCAAUGAGAACGUGUCUUUGCUGUCGCCCUCGUCCGCCAGCUCGCUGUCGGCGACGGAGAGCUCGCCGGAGCCCGCCAAGAGCGCGAUGACCAGCCCGGUCUCCACGACACCAAAAACAAAUGAAAACACAGAAGGGAAGAAAGUGAAGAGGCGUUCUCUGAAGAACACGGAGGAGGAGCGGCGGAGGCAGGAGGAGCGGGAGGAGAGGGAGCGUCAGCGGCAGGAGGCCCGCGAAGCCAAGGAGCGUAAGAAGGAGGAGGCGCGCAAGCUGAAGGAGGAGCGGGAGAGGGAGCGGAAGGAGAAGAAGGAGAGGGAGGAGAAGGAGAGGGCGGAGAAACUGCGGGCGAAAGAGGAGCAGCGCAGAGUAAAGCAGGAUGCAAAACUUGAAGAAAAAAAGAAGAAAGAGGAGGAGAAGCGAGUGAAAGAAGAGGAGAAACGAGUAAAAGAAGAGAAAGAUCGAAUCAAAGCGGAGAAAGCGGAGAUCACUCGGUUUCUGCAGAGGCCCAAGUCCCAGCAGGCCCCAAAGAUCCUCGCAGCAGCCUGUGGGAAGUUCGCUCCCUUUGAGAUUAAGGAGCACAUGCUCCUGGCCCCGCUGGUGCGGGUACAGUGUGAGGAGGCCGCUCUGGAGGAGCUGGACCGCUACCUGUCCCGGCCCGACGGGACGCUGGACGGCCUGAGGGACUGGAGGAGGCACAAACCCCGCCGGUCGGGCCCCACCAGGGCCUGCUCCGCCGAGAGAGGGGGGGACUGCAUGGUGGUGCCCGAGGGACAGAAGCCGGAAGGCGUGCCCGGCCGCCAGCGGUACGGCCGCAUGAAGCUGCUGCAGUUCCAGGAGAACUACCGCCCGGCGUACUGGGGCACCUGGAACAAGAAGAGCACCCACAUCUCCCCACGCUGCCCCCUGAGGCAGGACAAGGUGCUGCUUGAUUACGAGGUGGAGAGUGAUGAAGAGUGGGUGGAGGAAGAGCCAGGGGAGUCCCUGUCCCACAGCGAGGGGGAUGACGAUGACGAAGGUGGCGAAGACGACGACGAUGACGACGGGUUCUUUGUGCCGCACGGCUACCUGUCAGACGGGGAGGGGGCGCUGGAGGAAGAGGAGAAAGGCGACGUGGAGAAGCAGAAGGUUCGGCAGCGGCUGAAGGCCCGCGAGUGGGACGAGCUCAUGGCCAAGAAGAAGUUCAGGGUCCUGGAGGCGGUGGUGCGCGGGUGCGUGUGGGUGGGGCCCGAGGGGGCGGGGCCAGAGGCCGAGGCCCUGCUGCCAUUCGCCGUCUGCCUGCUGGAGGCCGCCGCCCUCGCGGAGGAGCCCGUUUCCCCGGAGACCACGGCCGCCGCCCGGGAACGCCGCGACGAGCUCCUGCUGUCCCAGUUGCUCUCGCUGUUGCACGGCAAUGUGAACAGCAGUAAGGUGAUCAUCACCGAGUUCCAGGAGUUCUGCCGGCAGAAACAAGCCUGCACCAGCACCAGCACCAGCCCCCAGAGGGCAGCAGAGAGCAUCCCCGCCAGGAUCCAUGUGAAGCGGCUGAUCACCAAGCACGCGGUGUACGAGAAGCGGCCGGCGCACCGGCGCAGCUGCUGGUACGCGCACGCGGACGUGCUCUCCCGCUUCGGCCAGGAGGCCCUGCCCGUGCCCUGCCAGUGGAAGUACCUGACGCAGGGGCCCCACGAGGCCCCCGAGGAGCCCGCCGCCGCCGCCACGCCCUCUUCCUCCUCCUCCUCCUCCUCCGCCGCCGCCGCUGCCGCCGCCUCCUCAUCCUCCGCCAAGAGGAAGAGCACGGGGAGCAUGUCCAUCACCAAGUUCCUAAGGAAGCGCAGGGACACGGAGCAGGGGGAGGCGAUGGAGACGGACGGCUUUCAGGCGGACACCGAGGAAGAUGAGGAUGAGAACGACUGCAUCAUCGUCAACACACAAGCGGGAUCCAGUGAGGAGCAGGGCAAGCCCCCCGUAACCACGGUUACUGCACAGACCCCGAGUACAGAACACAUGGAGGUCACGACCUCUGACCUCGCCACGGCCUCCCUCCCGUGCCCCGCCCAUGCUGCUGUCCCAGAAACGUGUGUGUGAGAACCAGGUCUACAAUCAGGGUCUCUCUGUGUCUCUCUCACACACACACACACACACACACACACAUUCAUUCGUAGUGGCACUAACACCGUCCACUCAGUAUCGCUGACCCCAAAAAUAAGACACCCACCUCCCCCCCACUUCUCCCCGUCACUCCUGAGUGGGACAGGCAGUCGUACCCAGUGUACAGGGUCCGCCCCUGACCUCCGUGUGUAUCUUUAAAUGUAACAGAAAUGGUUAAAAAGCCUUGCGCUUCAUAGACUUAACGGAGAGGGGUUGGUGCCUUCUGAGAGGAGGCCAAGGUGGAUAGAUUGCUGCUCUCACCUACAUGUCAUUCUAAGAGGGGGAGGGAGACCGCUGUCCCACCCCCAUUGUAUUUUGGGUUGGUGUGCUAUGUACCCUGGGGCAGUAAGAGGCCCUGCUGUGUCAGCGGGACAGGGGCAGUUAUCCGGUGCAUUACUGCUGUCUGGCCCGGAGAACCUUCUCUGGGGCCAGUGUCAUCCUUUUCUCUUUU